UUUAAAUAUCAUUCCGCUUCGUCACCUUUAUCAGGUAGUUCAAAGAAAAACAUGCAUAUUUGAAAUAAGUAAACAAUGGUUAAUCAAAAGAACUUGUAGUAUCUUACUUGUAUAAUCUAUCUUAUCCUAAAAUACGAAAUUAGGGAACACUUAUUUUAUGCGGAACGAUUUCCGCUAAAGGUGUUCUUCGGCAUCAGAGCAAAAAAUAUUUAUAAAUUUAGUGAUAAAAGUUAGAAUACCGACUGUUUGCUGAGAUCAUUACCAUGAAGAUCCACGCAAAACCCAUUUGUGUGCUACUGAUGUCGAUUUUUAUACCACAAGUUCAUCUCCAGUUCAAUGAUGGCGAAGGAGACCAGUGUUUUUGCAAGUUGCAAGGGGAAGUAGAUGAUUGUUCGUGUAGUGUCGAAUCUGUAGACUCGUUCAAUAAUAACAAAAUAUACCCACGUCUUCAAAGCCUCCUUAGGACAGACUACUUCAAAUACCAUAAGGCGAAUGUGAAGCGGCAAUGUCCAUUCUGGGUAGAUGACAGUAGGUGUGCCUCAAGAGAUUGUGUCCUCAAACCUUGCAGUGAUGAUGAGAUUCCAGAAGGUUUAAAAGGUCGACCUAACCAUUCAGAGAACCAUGAUAAAAACCAUAAACAGAACCAUAAGUACAGUAAGGAGGCCAAUGAGCAAAAUGAAUGUGAAGAGGAACAUGAACUGGGGAACCUGGAUACAACAAUCAGUGAUGAGAGUAAGGAGGCAUUUGCUGAGUGGAAGAGAUAUGAUGACCAAGAAGAGCUCUUCUGUGAGAUAGAUGAUGAAGACUCGGCUGAUGCAGAAUAUGUAGAUCUUUCUCUUAACCCAGAGGGCUAUACUGGAUACAAGGGCAAGUCAGCAUCAAGAAUAUGGAAAACCAUCUAUAGUGAAAACUGUUUCAAACAGGAAAGCAAGGACUACUCGCAAUUUGGCAAGCAAGCCACACAAGAGAAACAGCAAUGUCUAGAGAAGAGGGUGUUUUUCCGCAUGCUGUCUGGCCUCCACACUUCUGUGAUGGUAGCUGUCUGCUCCAGAUAUGCAUUCGAAGGCCAGUUUGGUCAGGUAACAUGGGGGCCCAAUGUUGAGCUGUUUGACAAGCUUUUUGCCCCUGAGAAUACUUGGGGGCAGGGGCCUCAACACUUGAGGAAUCUCUAUUUCACAUACCUGAUAGAGCUCAGGGCAUUGGCUAAGGCUGCCCCAUAUUUAGAACAGGAAAAUUUCUAUACAGGAAACGAGGAAGGAGAUUUAGAAACAAAAAAUGCAGUAAAAGAUCUCUUAAAAGUAGUAAAAUCAUUCCCUGAACACUUUGAUGAGAGUAAGAUGUUUAGAGGUGACCCAAAAGAGGCAGCUGAACUAAAGACUGCCUACAAAACCAAGUUCCGUAACAUCACCAAGAUUAUGGACUGUGUCGGCUGUGAUAAAUGCAAGCUGUGGGGAAAACUACAGAUUACUGGCAUGGGUACAGCAUUGAAGAUAUUGUUCUCAGGAGACACAGUUGGUCCAGAAUCCAUCGUGACGGCAGAAUCUAAAAAUCAUUUCCAACUUACACGUCCUGAGAUAACUGCUCUUUUACAUUCUAUAGGAAGACUCUCAAGUGGUAUCAAAGAAAUAGACAAUUUCCGGCGACUUUUAACUGAAAAGAAUAAAAAGAAGAAUGGAAGUUAACACAGGGACUUGCUCAAGGAUACCAAUGAGAAUAAGUUGAAAAUCUCCACUUUGAAAAAUAACUGUUCAAUUUGAAUCUAAAAUAUUCUCACUGUUACCCCUGACAUGCAAUAUGUAUGCGAAAAAUUGCAGUUACAAGAGAUGAUAUUUCCCAUGAUGCAAUAUGUUGCAUUGUGGUAUUGUUUUCCUCUCUCUGUCUAAUGUGUUUGCAUUUUGUACAAUUUGUGUUAUUUUAGUCAAUUAGAAUCUACUGUCUUCAGUUAAAAAGGGGGUUGAUCAAUUAAAGUGGUUGCAGAGGAUAUGGAGCGUUGGUAGCAAAUUUUUCAAUCAGAAUAAUAUCGCAAAAUUACCAAGCCUUUCUCAUAAGAUAAAUUCAGAAAUCUUGGACCCUUUAGAAAUCAAAAAUCAUAUUACAAGGAAUGCUGUUUGCAAGAUAUUGUACAGCCGUGAUAAUUUUUCCUCAAUUUUUCUUUAUCCUUUUUGCCUCUUUAACCUCUUGAAUCACAGGUUCUAAAAUAUGUUGAAACCAGAUAAUUUUUCAUU